AUGUCCACGCCAGAAACGUUCAAAUGCCUAGCAGUCGUGCUUGCUUAUGGCCAGCAAGAGGAAAUGAAGAACGGUUAUCCAAAGAGGCAUCAAACUGUACCAUUUGUAGAUCUUUUUGCAGCACCUGCACAGGUUGUUCCAGUUCCAGCAACCAGUUCCAUGCAGGCAGCAAGUUCACUUGGUACUCCACAGAGUACACAGCCUGAACCACAGGCUAUGUCCAUUGACUCUGGAACUUCAUCGGCACCUACUCCAGCAGCUGACCCAAAUGAUACACCUCUAAAGGAUCUCAUCACCAAAUCACCAACAGCGCGCUCGCAGGAAGCUGUUUGGAGAAGACACUAUCGCUCAAAAGGGAUUUCUGGUGUCAUUGGUUACAGCAGCAUUGAGGGUGAGGCAUGGCAAUGGAGGCCCUUUAGCUCCCACAAGCAUGCACGGUCUGGGAAAACAAACAACCAGUAA